AUCUAAUUGCGAGCUUUCAGAUUAUUUGAACACAUCCUACCUUUGGCGCCUUGAUUGCUUAGAUUUGGUAACAAACGCCAUGACAGACGCGCUCUGCGGGCCUUCAAACCCCCUGCAGCACUUGCAAAAGCAUACAUCGGUCGAUAGGACUCUGCAGCAAGACCGGCUCGUUGGGCCACGCCAUUCGCCUGUACAGGAUUUUAGAUCACAGAGUCAAAAUGCAGGGAUAUUAGAUCCUGAGUUUAAUGCCUUUCAGGCCGGCGCCCCAAUCGCCGCGGAGCCGCCGCAGUUUCAUCACCCACAACAGGGUCCGGCAAGGCAGUUUGACCCCUCGGUACAGGGCGGCCCAUCAAACUGGGCUGUUGAUUUCCAACGGCUGAACUUGUCGAAUUCCGCAUCGCCCUUGCCUCAACAAAAAUCUGCAUACCAACCUCCCGCGCAGCGAAGUGGUCCUGGCGGCUGGCAUCAAGAGUUUAUGCAGCACGAGGUCCAUCCCCAACCGGUAUCAUCUCCCUUGGCGCAUCAGGCUUAUCAGCCUUAUAUGGGACAUGGUGUUGGAAAUUUCCAGUCACAGUUCGCCCCCCGGGCGGGGCAACCACAGCAACAGCAGCCGGCGCAAGCGGACAAGGGCAAGGAAAUUUGGGAUGACGAGGCAUUCGAGCAGGCUUUCGACUCGGCAAGGCUAGCUAUGCUUGGUCAAGAAGAGCAAGGGCAAUCGAGGACCAAAGAGACUUUGGAGCAAUUGACGGAACCCACGGAAAUUACUGUACAACCAACGAACCUCGACCACAUCUCUGAACAGGCGCGAAUAGGCGCUGAUACUAUUGACCAUCAAGAAUCGAAUAAUCGUACAGAAGAAGAAAUAACAAGAGACGAGAACGAUGAGCUUGCAAGGGUAGCCGGAGAUCUUCUAGACAAGGUCAAGGACGACCAGAGCCAGAAAUUUCAGCAGAGUAAUUUCCUCGCACUGAUGCGGCGUUUCCGGGACCACGAAGUGCGAGUUGAAGGGGAUAGGGUGGUAAAUAAUGAAAGUUCACCUGAAAGGAAUAAUUCGCGAAUGACUGGUGCGGUUGAUAGCGAAGGUACUGGCAUGGGACAAUCGCAUGGCUUCGCUUGAAGCUUAUAACGAGGAAUGAUGGGCGUAGGAAUACUUAGAGUGCACAAAUCUGUAAAUUAUGUGGAAAUGGUGGUUUUUAGGGGCGUCUGGGAAUAAUGCGGGUCAUAUACGACAUCUAUACCAUAUUAUCAACUUCCAAGCAUGAGACGAACAUUUCCGUCAUUAGACCAAGAUCUGCUUGAUUUAUUGAAUUGGAUGAGACAUUUGUGCGGUCGUAAAAUUUAAGCCUUUAACCAUAAUCAAAAUUAAAAAUCACCAC